AUGAUGAUGUAUGGUGAGAAUAUGGAAGAAAAAAGAAUUUGUGAAAAGAUUUUGAUAUGCUUGCCAGAAAAUUUUGAACCCAUUGUGGCGGUUUUGGAAGAGACUAAAGAUUUCUCUACAUUAAAGUCACAAGAAUUAUGGGCUUCCUUGAAGGUGUAUGAGCAAAGAUUGUUAAGACACUACGAAAAGAUAAUUGAGAGUGCAUUUAAAUUAAAACUCAAUUUGGACUCAAAAAAACCAGCAAUGAAGAAGAUUGAGUACAAGAGUGAAUCAACAUCAAAUUUCAAGGGAAAGGGAAAAUGGAAUAAAGGAGGAGCUAACUCCAAUAAAUACACAAAAAGUGAUUCUCAACAAAAAGAUAGUAGAUACAAAGGAGAUGGAGAACAAUCCGGUAGAGCGGAAGGAAAAGAAGAAAAACAAAAAAUGUUUUGUGCUUGUCAAAGUGCAAUGGAGACUUCCAAAAGUAAAGUGUGGUUUGUGGAUAGUGAUUGUAUAAAUCAUAUGUCCGAUGAGAAAAUCUUGUUUCUUGGUAUGGAUAUUUCCAUAAAUUCUCUAGUGAAGAUGGGGGAUGGAAACAUGGUUCAAGCUAACGGAAGAGGUACAAUUCGCAUGAAAACUAUCAAUGGAGCAAAAUACGUUAGAGAUCUUGAGUAUACGGUCCAUUUUGAAGAUGGAUAUUGCACCAUUUAUAACAAGAAAGACAAGGACAAGAGACAAGUAAUGGAGAGUAUCAAGAUAGAGAAGAAUAAAAGUUUUCCAAUUGUGUUUGAAAAAGAGAAGAAUGUUGCAAUGAGGAUGGAAACCAUUGAUGAAACAUGGUUAUGGCAUAAAAGACUUGGGCAUUUGAAUUUCAAUAGUCUCAAGGUGCUUUCCAAAAAUAACAUGGUGCAAGAACUUCCACAACAUAUCAACCACAAGGAUAGAGUGUGUGAAGGUUGUGCACUUGGGAGCAACAUUUCCAACCAUUCCCAAAAGGUGUAG